AGCACACGCACUGUCCACUCCCCCACAUAAAUUAAACGGCUGAAAUAUCGCCUCAUUCGCAGCCAAUGAUCCUCAUUAUUCAUUUCUCCCUGAUUAUCUCACUGCCUUCCUUCGUUAACUGCCAUAAACAACCUCUCACAGAUUUCUCCUCUGCGUCGCAGCUUCUCUUAAUCUUCCUCUUCUUGAUUAGCUAGCUGAUAUCACCCAGAAAUAUAUGCUCUCCACAUGUGAUCUUCAUUUCUAAGAUAGUAAUAAAAAUGGAUCAUUCGCUGUCCAGCCUUCUCUGCCAAGAAAACCAAGGAGAAGUGGCGGUGGAUGAAGAUUUAUACGUUCAUUUUGAGGAUUCUAGUGUUUCAGAGGAUGAUGAGUAUGUGGAAGUUUUGAUUGAGAAAGAGAUCGGAUUUGGGUUCGGAAGGGACGAAGAAUCUUUGUUGUUGAGUGAUUGGAUCAAAACUGCUCGCUUGUAUGCCAUCAAUUGGAUUCUCAAAACAAGAGCAACAUUCGGCUUUCGUUUUCAAACGGCUUACUUGUCUGUCACAUACUUCGACCGAUUCCUUUGUAGACGGUCCAUUGAUAGUGACAAGUGUUGGGCAUUUCGGUUACUAUCAGUCGCAUGCCUUUCUCUGGCUUCUAAGAUGGAGGAGUGCGAUGUUCCGGCACUUUCAGAGUUUCCUUCACAAGAUUAUAACUUUGAAAGCAAAUUGAUUCAGAGAAUGGAGCUUUUGGUGCUCUCCGCAUUAGAAUGGAACAUGAACCUCACUACUCCCUUUGCCUUUUUACCUUAUUUCAUCUCAAAGUUCUGCAACCAAUCCCCACCAGCUCGUAUUUGGUCCAACAUUAUGCAGCUCAUCUCCACAUUUAUGACAGAGGUCAAUUUGAUGGAUCAUAGGCCUUCUGUGAUAGCGGCGGCGGCUACUUUGGUGGCAAUUGAUCCGCAUUUGACAAGAAAUGCCGUGGAAUUGAAGAUGAGUUCGGUUUCUCAACACUGGAGUCUCGAAAUUGAAAACAUAGUUGCGUGCUAUGAUUUAAUCCAGAGAUUAUACAAGGAGAAAACUGAAAGAGACAAGAUUAUGCAUCCCUCCAGUCCUCCGCCGCCUAUCGGAUCGAUGGCAACCGACAAGCUUGAGACUUCUGUAGUUAGUUCUGCUGUUACGUCCAAGAGAAGAAGACUCACAUUCCCUGAUCACCAAGAAGGUCAUGGCAAACAUGACGCAAGUUAAGGGAUUCCACUAGGGAAAAUCAGAUUUUGAAUUUGCUUAACGAGUUUCAGAGGUUAUGAGUUCAAUUUUUUUUCCCCAAAAAAAUAGACAUAAACAUACACAUAUUCUCCUCCAAAGAAAACGAUGAAAGGAAAGGUGUUUGAUUACUAAUUGACAAGAAAUCGUAUGGCGUUGAUUGGAAGUGUCGCUGAGGAAGAAGCAAAGAGAGGAGGAGGAAACGUGAAUAAUAAGAAUCCUGGCUCUGGGCAAAUAUUGGAGCGCUCAGUGGACAAGAAAGGACAAUUGCCAGAUAUGGCAUGGAAAGCUACAUGAUGAACAGGGCCAAAUAGGCGAUAGUGAUAUGAUACUGAAUUGUUUUGCUUUUUAACCUUACUUUUUUGCCAUUUUUAUCCAAUCCCUUUUCUCUUUAUUUCUUCUGCUUGGGACUUUUUUUAACCUUGGCUUCCCCCACAUGAAAGUGGGUUUGUAAUGAAUUUAGCAACCCUACGGGGCUUGGGAUGCUCUGUUACUACUGUUAGUGUCUUGAAAAAGGGGUUAUGACUUAUAAGAAGUGUGUUGGUGUGAUUGGAUGCAUGGUUUUGUGUUGCAUAUUGGGCAUCACAAAGUUGUGUAAAAAGCUGAAUGUAAUUAUAUUUGCUU